CAUUAAGUUAUAGUGUUAAAAACCAAAGCCGCAAUGCUCCAUCUGCUGGGGCAAAAAAGAAGGCUACAAAACCAGCAACGACAGAAGUGUACGAUUUCAAAAGACUGCAAAGUCUUCAAUCAUUACUAAUGUUAGUAGCUGGAAAGGCAGAAAAGGAAAAUAUUGAUAUCGAAAGAUUUACAAUGAUUUUGGAUGCUGUUGUGAGGCUUUCUAAUGUAUACAUCAAGCUCAUUUCUGAUGGUUGCGUUCUUUUUGCUAAAUGGCAGGCCACUUUUUUCUGUGACGAACACACACCAGUAUGUGCCUUUCUGACUUUUGGACAGGGAAGGGACGCUCAAACGUUGAAGGGACAAACUGGCAGUGCAGACAAUGAUGUUGGCUUUAUCAUUCAGAAAACUGCUAAUUUUCUAGAAGAAUGCCAUGAAAGAUGGUUAAGUUACAUAAAUGAAAAAAGGGAAAAGUUUUACUGGUUGAACUAUUUCACAAUUGAUCAGAUUGUGUUUCUGCAACAAGAACUUGUAAGGGUAACUGCUUCACAAGAUCCUUCAGUUUAUACAUACCCAAUGCUAUCAGAUGUCAAACAGAAUUGUAACAAAGAGAAUCUCCUGAAAGCUUUGUUCAUGGCUAAAUUUGAUGUUCAAGAGACAAAAAUAAAACCCUCGAUUGACAUAACAAAAGCUGUGAGUGGAUUACAGAAUGAAACCGGGCAAAACAGAGAAAAUCCAUCUUUUCUUAAAAUGCUCACAGACAAUGGAUAUCCAGUCGCUGUAGCAAGAGAAGCUUUGAAACAUUGUGGCGACCAAGAUCUCGAAGAAGCAUUGGUAUGGUGUGAGGAACAUGAAUCUGAAUUUAAUACAAAACCACUUCCAAAUGAACCUGUGCAGAGUAAGGCUAACAUUCAUGAUGAGGCAUACAGAGGAUAUACAGGAUGGAUACAAUCUCAACAUUCCAUGGAAUCAAUGACAACAGACUUGGUGCAUGGUCUUGGCAUGCACCCAGAGGAAAAUGCAUUUGAAUUGCUGCAUACAGCCUUAAAGGAAUUGUGGGAAAAGUUCCUGAACUCAAUUUCAUCUGGCGUUUCAGAUUACUUAAGUAUUGAACAUUUUGGUCUGAUAUUGAAAAGACUUGCCGAACAAGAAACUGUUACAAGUUCGAUUGAAAGGAGUUUCUUACCAUUCCUAAGGCCAGGAGAACCAAAUCUACUCCACUGCAAUCAGAGUGAAAUAUACAACACUGUUUUAUCACUAUACAUGUAUAAUCAGGGACCUAGAAAUUACACGCCUUUACCACAGUCAGAUGAAGUCUUACUUUGUACUCCAGACACAACAUUAGAUGUGGUAGAGGUUUUCUGGAGGAGAUCUUUAUUUGCAGAAAAUAGCAAAAUCUUUUGCUUAGUAAAUGCUGAGAAUUUGGAUUAUGAUAUUGCAGACAAGGCAGAAAGAAAAUUACAAACUCUCAUGAACAGUUUGAAAAACAAAGGUAGAAUGUACAAGCUGGUAAUUGUAUGUUGCACAAACAGUGAACAAAAAUCUGUUAUUGUCAGGUCUUUGAAUAAAUUUUACAGACCUAGUUUUCGCCUACCAAGCAUUCAGAAUAUUAAUCAGUACUUGUUUUGGAAGUUAAAAUUUGCCAAUACUGGAUAUCACGCUAGUUCUGCAGCUGUAGUAGAUUUUGAUGGAUGUACUGUAAGAGUUGUAAAGUCUAAUAGAGCAGGUGUUGGAAAAACACUUUACAAAAAAAGAAUGGUUACAGAGCUCACAAGAUUGACUCAAAGAAAUUAUCUACAGAGACCAAACAAUUUAACCAUUCCUUUACAUAGCAAGUCUGUUAAUGUUGAUGAAAUAAUGGAACAACUUAUUAAAAGAACAUCUCCACCAGGAAACCAACAACCAACAAUAUUUCACUUUGAUAUUUCUAGUGAGGUUCAGGAUGGAGUGGAUUCAUUUUUAUUCCAGCUUCUAGUGUUGGGAAGCCUUACCACUAGUUAUGGAUAUGUUUGGAGGAAGUCUGUCAUGGACUAUUACAUCAUUGAGUCUUUGAAUGUUUUAGUCAGAGAUCCUUUCACUCAGGGCAGAGACCUGAAAUAUCUGCAUAAUUUUUUACAAGUGCUACCUCAUGUUAUGUGCAGAUCUCCAAAAGAAAGCCUCAUGAUUCUAAAAGGAAGAAAACCUCAAAACUUCUCAGAACAUGACAGACAAUUUGAUACUCAAGAAUACCAAAGUUCUACCUUCCAAAGACCGUAUCAGUGCCUUAAAGGGCUUGGUGUCAAUAAAAGUCAAGAUGCUGACCAUCCCACCAAUUCAGAUGACGAAAAAAGAAAUUGCCUUCUGACCCUUCUAAGAUAUUGUGGAGUGGAAGAUCCCUCAUGGUCAGAGUUGCAUCACUUUGUUAGUUUUCUAAAUGCCCAGCUGAAGGAUUUUACAGUUUCAGUAUUCUGUGGAGCUGCUGCUCAAUCAGAUCUACCAGGAUUUCAGAAGUUUGUAUUGAGAUUUCUCAUACAGAUGUCUAGGGAUUUCUCCACUAGAUCACUAGUGAUAAGUGAAGAAUCUCCAAGCUGCCAUGUGGUAAACAGAGGAGACAAUAAUGAGGACAAUGAUGAUAUUAUACAGCAGUAUCAGAUGAGGCAUAAGUGGGAAGCAAGACCUCACCCUUACUUAUUUUUCAACCCAGACCAUCACAGUAUGACAUUUCUAGGUUUUUAUAUUGAUGAAGGAACCAGAAAUCUUAUUGAUCAACAAACAGGAGAAAUACUAGAACCAAACAUGAUGGACCAAAACUUGUUUCAAUCAUUAAAAAGAAACAAUGUUAAUUUGAUAGAGAGUUUUGAUGAUUUACCAAGGCAGGAGAAGAUAAUAAAACUCUGUCAGGUGAUGGGAUUGGAAGAUGCAUAUGAUCCAGAUGAAACCUAUGAGCUGACCACAGAUAACGUGAAAAAGAUGCUGGCAAUACACAUGAGAUUCAGGUGUGACAUUCCAGUGAUCAUCAUGGGAGAAACAGGUUGUGGAAAAACUCGCCUAGUAAAGUAUAUGUGUUCUCUUCAACAACCCCCUGGAGUAGAUGUUCAGAAUAUGAUUUUAAUGAAGGUGCAUGGUGGAACUACAGGUUCUGAUAUAAUCAGAAAGGUAAAACAGGCAGAAAACAUUGCUAGAGAGAAUUCUAAGCAAUAUCCUAACAUGGACACUGUACUUUUCUUUGAUGAAGCAAAUACUACAGAAGCCAUUGGGGUGAUCAAAGAAAUAAUGUGUGACAAAACUUUGGAUGGAAAUCCAGUGCAAAUACAUGAAAGACUGAAAAUAGUUGCUGCAUGCAACCCUUACAAGAAGCAUUCUCCAGAAUUGAUUAAAAGGCUGGAACAAGCAGGUCUAGGUUACCAUGUUGAUGCCAAUGCAACUACAGACAAAUUAGGUCAAGUGCCAAUGAGAAAUCUUGUCUACAGAGUCCAGCCAUUACCACAGAGCUUGCUUCCUUUAGUUUGGGACUUUGGUCAGUUAGAUGCUAAUGUAGAACAAAUGUAUAUCAAACAGAUGGUCCUCAGAUAUAUAUAUAACAACAGUCUGCCAAGAUUACAAGGAUUGGAGACAGUGGUUAGCAAAAUACUAACAGCAUCACAAAGUUUCAUGAGAAGUCAAAAGGAUGAAUGUAGCUUUGUCAGCCUACGUGAUGUAGAAAGAGUCUUAAAAGUUAUGAGUUGGUUCUACAAACAAAGUAAAGAUAAAAAGUCAAUGCUGUUUAGCGAAAUUAAAAGGAGAACCCCUGAAAAGCAAAGAAGAAAUGUCCAAGAUGGAGGAACAUUUGCAAGAUAUCUUACAGUAAACAAGGAUAUUGAUGAUGUGACUAGAUCUCUUGUUCUUGCUUUGGGUGUGUGUUAUCAUUCCUGUCUAAAGAAAAGGAAAGAGUACAGGGAACAUGUGUCCAGAUAUUUUGUACAUCCUUUACCUUUACCUGGGAAAGCAGACCAAAUUAAGGAAGAAAUAGAAAAAUGUCAGUUAGUUUUUGUUGAGAAUAUGACAUUGGCUCCAAACAUUGCCAAAAACCAGGCCUUGAAGGAAAAUGUGUUUUUGAUGGUCAUUUGCAUAGAGCUGAAAAUACCUAUGUUCUUAGUAGGCAAACCUGGAAGUUCCAAGUCUCUUGCAAAAACACUAGUUUCUGACGCUAUGCAAGGGAAUGCUUCCCACUGUGAUUUCUAUAAAAGCUUUAAACAGGUUCAAACAGUUUCCUUCCAGUGUAGUCCUUUAUCAACCCCUGAUGGAAUACUAGGCACAUUUGAGGACUGUGCUUCAUACCAAAAAGAUAAAAACUUGGACAAAUUUGUAUCAGUAGUGGUACUAGAUGAGAUAGGUUUGGCUGAAGAUUCAUCCAGAAUGCCUUUAAAGACACUUCAUCCUUUGCUAGAAGAUGGUUGUUUAGGUGAUGAAAAACCAGAACCACACAAAAAGGUUGCUUUUAUUGGAAUUUCCAACUGGGCAUUGGAUCCUGCUAAAAUGAAUAGAGGGAUUUUUGUACAGAGAGAUGUACCAGAUAGAGAAGAAUUGCUGAGUAGUGCACACAAAAUCUGUUCCACAGAUGAAUUUGUACAGGACAUGAUAUAUCCCAUGAUAGAACCUUUAGCAAUGUCCUAUCUUAAAGUAUUUGAUAAGGCAGCAACAGCGAAGAGAGAGUUCUAUGGAUUACGAGACUUUUACAGCUUGCUAAAGAUGUUGUAUGGAUUUAUAUCAAUAUCUCGAAGGAAACCAACAUGGAAUCAAUUAAAACAUUGUAUUUUAAGAAAUUUUGGUGGACUGCCAGAAAAAAUUGUCAAACCAGUGGAUAUAUUUUCUAGAAAUUUAGCACAUUUAGUGAUUACCACUGCAGAGAGAACAGAAUUUGACCCUGAAUGUUCUCCAACUGGAAUGAUUCAGGCAUGCCUGCAGGGAAGUACCCAGUCAGAAAGUGAAACCAGAUAUCUUCUACUUCUUACAGAAAACUAUGGAGCUUUAACCAUUCUUCAACAGAAAAUCUUCUCAAUGGACAAUGCUGAAGUAGUGUUUGGCAGUAGUUUUCCAAGUGACCAGGAAUAUACACAAGUUUGCAGAAACAUCAACCGAAUCAAAGUUUGCAUGGAAACUGGAACCACAGUUAUCCUGCUUAAUUUAGAAAACCUGUAUGAAAGCUUAUAUGAUGCUCUUAAUCAGUAUUACAUUGAAUUCUGUGGUGAAAGAUUUGUUGAUCUUGGACUUGGAACCCACAGAGUAAAAUGCAGAGUACACAAGGACUUCAGAUUGGUUGUUGUUGCUGAGAAACAUGUUGUUUAUGAGAAAUUUCCAAUUCCACUCAUCAAUCGCCUGGAAAAGCAUUUUUUGUCAAUGCACACAAUGCUAACAGAGGAGCAGAUUAAACUUACAAAGGAGCUAACAGAGUGGGUUAAAAAGUUUUCAGCAGACAAAUCGCCUCCACGUAUUGGAAGCAGGAAAACUGAAAGAAAGAUUGGCGAUGCAUUUAUUGGGUACCAUGCUGAUACAUGUUCUGCUGUCAUACAUCAUAUUUGUGAGAAAAAUAAAUUCAAGGAUCAGGAAAUUUACACAAGAAAGGAACAGAUUCUAAAAGAAGCAAAGUCUUCAUUGUUAUGGAGUGCAGCACCAGCUUUCAUUUUACAAAAUGGUCAAGGGGAAGAAAUGGAAAUAUAUUCAAAGAAGCAACAGCAUGAGAAUUUAGGAGAAUACCUUUGUACUAAGCUAAAAGAAAAUCCAUAUGAUAAUAUUUGCGCCCAGGUUACCACAAAUUCCAGGAUCUUUGCAGCAUCUGAAGUAGAAGAGCUUUGUGAAUGUUUACCAUUAAGAAGGGAAAAUGUUACUGUUUUGACGUUACAGCAGUUUCAUACGGAACAACAAUUUAGUAGAAAAAUUAAGUUAUGUGCAGACAAACCAACUUGUGUUGAUUCUUUACUGCUAGUUCAAUGUGAGUCUGGGGAACAGAAUACUGAGCUGAUAGCAUGUGCCAGAUAUUCAAUCCAACGGGAACUCAAACUUCUAAUUGACGACAGAAGACAAUUUCCUACCAAAAUCCAUGUUGUUAUCCUUAUACAGCUGCCUGGUAUAGCUCAGGGAUUAUUUACAGGUCAUCAGUGUGGUUUAUGGCAGUCUGUUCACAUAGAUGACAUUAGAAUCUCAAAGAUACUCCCAUCAGUAUUUGAUAUGUAUGGAAAAUCUGUUGGUGAAAUACUAUCUGGUGGAAAACAAAAGGAUGAAUUAGGAUUGGAUACUCGACUUUCUGGUGAAAACCAACCUAAUGAAUUGGAAAUGAUGAUGUUGAGGCAGAAUUAUGAACAAGACAUUAGUUUUAGACAAAGAUCAAUUGGUUCAGCACGUACACUUGGUUUUAAGAAAAAGAAUAUUGAUGUUAAUCAAUUUGUUAUGAAUUGUAUUCAUCCUGCUUUAGCAAGUUUAAGAGAUAUUGAUACAGACACACCUAGGACAACAGAAAGACUCAAAAUUAUAUCAACAACAUUGGAAGAUGCUUCAGAGAAAGGCCAGAAAUUAUUAAAUGCACUUGCUCAGCAAACAACUAGAAUUAUAAAAGAAAGAGAAGAAAGUCAUGAAGUAUUGUCUAAGAACUGGCUGUCUGUAGAGGCAUGCAAAUUGGGGAAUGUAAACAAAGCUGGCACAUUCAGGAAAUAUGCAAACCAGUACUUAGAAUCAAAAGUGGUACAAGUAUUGGCAGGAAUUAUCUCCUUCAUAGAUACAAAUAGAAACUUGGACGUUCUUAUGAUGAGGAAUUUACAUGAAUGGCAAAGUCAGCUCUGGUUACGAAUUUUCACUGAUGUAGAACUUACUGGAUUGAAGUACUCAACAAUAGUGUCACCAAAACAGCAGAAUGAGCUAAAAGAAGUAGAAGUUAAAACAACAUCAAAGUCUGGUAUUGCUUUUUCUUCAGUUUUGCCAUUUUCCUGGCUCAUAUUUAGACAGAUAGAUGAGAUUUUGACAAAUACUAGAGAAUCAGUAGAAAAUAAAGAUGAUUUUAUGGGUGUGGUUCUGAAAGCAUCAGCUAUUUUCCAAGCUUUACCAUUAGGACAACUGUUGUUAGAUAUGCAGGACAUUGGUACACAAGAGAUUUUGAAAUCUUAUUAUAAAGAUUUUAUUCAUAUGGUUUAUCCUGUCAAGUCUGUGGAAGAGUGUGAUCUCAUUUGUGAGAGUAUUGACACAGGAUGUAGGAAGAUGUUAAGAGGAGAAUAUGGAAGGCUUUUAUCAACAAUUUUUGGUUGUCAUUUAGUAUUCAACAUUUAUGACACUAGAUUUAGUAACUUUUCUCAAAUUGUCUGUGUAUGGCCAGACUGCAGUAAAGAGGUGUUGAAAUUUGUGAAGGACAAUCAGAAUUGUAAUCUGGUAACCAGUGAUGAAGUUACACUAGAUGUACUGGGUUUAAAACUACUUAUUGAGGAACUGAAGCCACAGAAGGAUACCUUAAAUAAGGCUGAACUAAGACAUAUAUGGCUGCAAAAAGUCUGUUUAUACAGACCAGCAAUUGAAAGGAUAUUUGGCCAUUACAGUCAGGUUGCUGACAACAAAGAAUUCUCAUAUGGAGAAAGGUGUCAAGUUGCCAUCACAGAAGCUAGGUUUAAUUGGACAAAAACAAUAAUCGUAAAACUUUUUAUUGAGAAAGUGUGUAUGUCAAAGGAUGCUGAUAUUACAGAAGUGAUAAGACUAAUGGCACUUUGGACUAAACUGGGAGAUAAAGCUGACAUGAAGACUUUAGAAACCUUUGAAACAGUGGAAGACCAUUUAAAAACAAGGAAUGAAAAAGUUUUAAGACAAUACUUUGGGGUGCUGUCUCAGUGCUUAGCCUGUGAUAGGGUUAUCACAUGUGACAAAGAUUCCAUGGAUCUACCAGUAAAGCUGCCUUGUAAAGAUACCUAUUGUUACAAGUGUUAUAUUGAACUGAUUGCUGACAGACACCAGUGUCAGAGUUGUAAUGCUAAGAUUCCACAAAAUUUUAGUCCUGAGGAAAUAUAUGAUAGAGAUGCCCUAUCCAAGUAUAAAAACUUUAGACAAAGAUGUAACAAUUUCUUUAUGGAGGUUGUUUCACAGCUAUGUUUUGCUGAAGGAACCCCACCAUCACAAGAAGUUAUAAAGAAACUCCUGUCAUACAUCAUUGGACAAAGUACAAGGGGUACAACAAUGGUAUCAAAAGAACUGACAGUGUUUCAGGAUUCAAUUGACCCAACUCCAGUGGUACGGUCAUUCUUGCUUCAGCACCUUUUACAGACAAGUGGGGAAAAUGUGAAAGAAUAUCUAUCCAUGUAUUUUGAGAGCACGAAACAGUUAGUACAGAACAGUGGUAAACAAGAAGAACUAAUUGAUCUGUGUUUACUUAUUUUACAGUGUAUGGAGGAUUCUGUCUACCAACAAUACCAUAAUACUUGCAAGGAAUACACCACUGCAUCUAAUAUGUUAAGAAAUGCUAGUAGAACACUUUCAAGUAUUGAAACAGGAGUAUUGGACAAGAUUGCUGACAUAGCAAAAACCAAGUUUGCUUUGUCUGUUGUUGCAAGUUGUAUCCAUGGAUAUAAUGGAAUGGGAGACAAAAACAUUGUCCUCACUGCUGAUGAAAAAAGGAUGUUUGAAUCUGUGGGGAAACUUUGUGAAGAAUGUCAUCUCCAGUGGCCAAGAAAGUACUUUGUGAAACUGCUAUGUAGACGGUAUGGUAUAGACAUGUAUCAAGCAGUUCUAGCAAGAACAGAUUUCGACUGUUUGAAAUGGACAAGAUUGCCUGAAUUGAUGGGAGGAGAGGUGAGUGAAUGCCAGGAUAGGUACAUUGUCUGUGGCAACAACUACAAAGUGAUCAGAGAGACUUUAGUUACAGCUGCAAUUAAUCAAAAUGACAGCGAGAUUAACAAGAUUUUAAAUCCAUUAGCCACAGGAACUAAUGUCUGGCAGACAAGAGUUAUGGUCAUUCUUGCAUUGCACAGAGAGGUUACAAUGAAAUGUAUUUUUGGACAAGAGAAACAGUUCCCACCUCAGGGCAUUAGUUUUUUAAUGGAGUAUAUGAAAAAACAUGCACUGUUUCAGCGAAAGGAUUUUCCUGCUGCAGUGAUUAGAAAUGUAAUAUGGAAUGAUCCCAGAUAUAAUAUUGAUGUGAACAUGACUUUGACAGAUCAAAACAUUGGUUGUUUAUUAGUUCAUUACCUAGCAUUGUUGCUUGAGUUUCCUGUUGGAACAACUGUUAUGGGACCACUUAUGAAUAUUGCUUUUAAUCCCCAAACAAUGAUUAAUUCUUUUUACCCUACAAUGCCCCAUGAUGAAAUAGCUUAUGUCAGAGAAGCAUUACUUGCUGGAAGAAAUAUCUCGGGAGAAAAUCCAGUCAUGUAUAAAUGUCCAAAUGGUCAUCCAUAUGUUGUAGGAGAUUGUGGAAGACCAACUUUUGAAACUAGAUGUAGGGAUUGUAAUGCAAGGAUUGGUGGCCAUGAUCAUGCCCCUGUUGCAGGAAACAGAGUAGAUGAGGGAGUUGACAGGACUUCAACAGGUCAUAUACUUGGUAGAGCUACAAAUCUGGGACAGAAACUUGCUUUUGUGCAGGACAGAAAAAUAGAUAGAAUAUCUGUUGCAUUGAUUAGAUUACUCACUCAUAUUUCAAUGUUCUUAGGAGCUAAUAAUAAUGUCCAGGCUAUUAUCCAGACAAUAAAACUGGACAAGAGGUUGUCACCAAAUGAUGUGCUCCCUUUCAUAAAGAAACAUAUUGCCUUAGAUCUUCAGGCUUUGCAAAAAAUACUUGGUAAAAGCAAUGAUGAUGUAUGUGUGUUUUUACAUUGCAUAUUGAAAAGCAUUAUGGACCAGCAAGUCCCUAAUAAUACAGGAAAAAACAUUCCACCAGACAUGUGUCAACUGUUAAGUAAAGAAGGAAGAUUGAAAUGGGAAGAAAAGUUUACCUCAAAAUAUAUUGCACCCCUCUUAAAGGAUUUGGACAGAAUAUUACAGACUUAUAAUAAGAUUAUAUUGAAAGAUAAAAGACUUGGGUCAGAUCGAUUGCUUCAGUUACUGUAUGAAACAGAUACACAAACAGAAAGAGUAAACAUCAGAUAUUUACACAGUGUUCCUGCAGUCUGGCGCUACAGAACUCAUGUUUCUGUGGAUCAUUUAACACAAAUGCUAAAUGCAAGUCAACACAAAUGCCCACUGUUACGGAUCUUCCUUGAAGAGGAACCAUUUCUCAGAGUCUUGAGAUGUGUACCAAGCAUUCUAAAACUUCAAAGAAUAUUGAUACAGAAGUACAACAGAAAGAUUGACAAAUCUGAGGGAUCUUUACAAAUUAACUUGAUACAAGAUGAUUUGGAACACGAAAGAAGAACAGAAGAGUUUAAAUGUUUAUUUAGCAUGUUCACCGAAGCAUGGGAGUGUGUCAGACAGUCACUUGAGUCAUAUUCAUGUACUGUAAAUGGAAAUAUAAUCCAUGUGAAUAAAGAGCUUUGUAGAAGGAGUAUAGAUUCAAGAUCUCCAGUUUCUGUUUUGCUUCCCACACUGAGAGAUAAUGGUUUGUGCUCCUACAUGAUGUUGAGAUUUUUGUUGGAGCAACAGAACAACUUCUUACAAAAGUUCUGCCAGGUGGAAAAAGAUCAAAGAUUAGACAGUUUGCCUAAGGUAAAAGUGAAAGAUAUAUCAUCAGCUCAUCUGAUAAGUUACCAUCCAGAGAAGGACCUGUUACCAAUGGUGUUGGCCAACUGUAAUUACUCAUUUGAAGUUGGUCAGGGUAUCAAGGUGGAUUAUGACUUUAGUAACCUUGAGAGACAGCUUAUUGACAGAUUUCUGUUUUCUAAGUCAAUAAUUACUGACAUUAAAGAGAUGGCCACCUUUACAUACAGAUCAGAGUCAACAAAUGCUUCUAUGUUUGAAGAAUUGUCACUGAGGAUUAAACAAACCAGGAUAAAUAACUCUGUACAUAGUCAAAUAUGUGGUGAGCUUAAAGUCAGAAGUUACACAGAAAUGUGUGAAAGUCUUGAUAAACUGGACAUUGCAAUCAAAUUUUUAAAGUCUGUUGGAACUGAUCCUAAAAGCUGUCUCAGUGACUUUAUGACUAAAACAUUAAAAAUGGACAAUCCAUUUCCAAGUCAAAAGGCACAACAAUUUAUUAAGUUAGAGAAUACACUGUAUUGGUGGAUUACAUUAUCAUUUGAGAGAUGCAAGUUACAGCAUAGCUAUGAUCAGGAUGCAUUUGAAGGAAUAUCAGAUACCUUUAAAAGUCUACUCAACUACAGGCAAAUAGCACUUAUUACAGAGACAAUGAACAGGUUAUCAGUUGAACACAUAAAUGCUACACUUAUAGUAGUAUUUGAAUGUAUAAUGAUGAAACUUGAUAGUCCGGAGAGUGAUGCUUUUGUUGAUAUAAGCUUACAUGACAUGUUGUAUGGCUAUAUUGAUGCAUCACCAUAUGAAGAAGACACUUUAGUAGAUGAUAUUUUAAGAGGAGCCAUUCAAACACUACAGUCAGAUAGUAGUGAUUUGCCUAGGGUAAAUACAGGGCAUGCUGUAGCAGUUUGGAAGCUGAUCAAUGAUAUAUUGAUAUCGAAACAACUACAAAGGACCUAAAAUGUUUGUAAAAAGUGGAAUUUUAACAAGAAAUGUGUUAUACUGACAAAUUUAUAUACAACAUAUUAUUUAUCUUUAAGCAGUAGAGAUAAGUUAUGUAUGACUCUUCACAUUUAUGAAAAAAAAUUAGAAUGUUAUAUAAACAUGCUAUGCCCAGAUGUUAUGGCAAAAACAACUUGAAAUUUCGUUUUUGUAUUUGGAUGGAAUUAACUUGAUUUUCUGCUGUUUAACUAUUUUCAAGUUAAACAAAACACUGAUUUUCAUUUAUUUCCUGAAUUGAAUCAAAAUAGCAUAAUUGAAUUUCAGAUAUUAAUUUACUUUUAGUUUGACAUGGAAAUGAUGGAUCAGGAGAAAUAUUGCAAUAAUAUCAAGUCAAACUUCAAUUUUUAUAGCAAUAUCUAACUGUAGUAUGUAGUAAAUAAAUUUAAUUACUAAUGGUAGUAAUUAAUUUGCAAUAUUAUCAGUAGCCAAAGAUGUGCCAUAUGCAUGCAUUAAAAUUUGAUUUUACAGUUAUUUCCCUCAAGUAGAGCAUUUAAUGAAAGUUUUGGACCCACAUUAAAAAUGUGUGAAAGGAAGUGCUAUCUAUCAAUUUAAGAUUUAAAUUCAUUCCUAGGAUGAAAUUUAUAGAUAUGAGGUGUAUGCCUGUUAUUAAUAUUUAUUUUCACAUUACAAGGAACACAUGAUAAUUGAUUUGCAGUAAAUUCUUCCAUGAUUUUUUUUCAAAUUUAUUAUUAAAUUGAAUCUCAGUUUAUUCCAACUAUUUUAAAUAGUUCCAUGAGAUCCAGCACGGUUAUUCCUCUCAAGUUUUUUAAAAAUCCCAGAUAUGUUGUACUUUAUCUUUUCUUUAAAGCACAUUAUCACAUCUGCCCUUUCGAUUGAACAGAAAGGGUCUGAUAGUUUAUAUGUUUGAUAACUGAACAUGAUGACUUCAGAUUUAGUCCACAGCUUAAAAAUGAUGACUUGUAAUGAAGGAAGGAUCUGUUAGACCUCUGCUCCUUGUUUCAAGAUAAUUGAGGUAGCACGAAAAGCAUGCAUUUCUAUUUCCUGUAUGUUUUUGUUCUGAUAUUUGACUGUUGCAAAAUAUAAACAAAAAUACCAAACUCCGAGGCAAAUUCAAAAAUAGGGAAGUGCACAAAACCAGACAACAUCAAAUGUUAUAUCAACUAACUUUAUUGUAUUUUUUUUAAUUUCACUGAAAUAGUUCAUUUUAAAGUUCUGUUGUUCCACUGAUUUAGUUAAUGCUUUAAUUCUGUUGUUUAUAUUAACAGAUUUUGAUUUAUAAUGUUUUAGUUCUGUUAUUUUAUUGGAAGAGUUCAGGUUUACAAUAUAAAGAUGUUAUAACUUUUCAACUUGUGGGUUUUAUCUAUCUAUUUGUUAUCUUUAGCCUCUCUAUUAAACUGAUAUAAUUACAUUUAUACAGCUAUAACUAUUCAUAAAUGAGGAACCAAUAGAAAGAAGAAAAAAAAAUAUUUCAUAGGGUUAUGGUUUAUUAAUGAAUUAUAAAAUGAAUUAUCACAUUAUUGAUAGUUGUGUUAUUUAUUACCUGUGAGAUUGUGAUGUACAUAUUUGAAUGAAAUUAGCUUUUUUGGUAUUUAAUGACUCCCAAAAUAUUUGAUAGAUUUUUCUGCAAUACAGUUUACUGUGUCUGAUUUGUCCUUUUGCAUUUCAUUCUCUUAUAAACCUCCAAUAAAGUUCUCAACCUUGAAUUAUAAGAGAUCAUCAAAUUGUGUUGGAUAUAAAAUAUGUUCUAUUGGAAUAAAUUAGAACUUUCCUACUUGAAUUUGAUAUUCUCCAUACUGUUGAGAGAAAUUGUACUGAACCGAAUAAUUUCAGAUAUAGUCAGCAGCUUUACACUAAUAAACUAGUGUGGGAAGGAUAUUUCAUACUUCUACUUUCUGUUUUCAGUUAGUUUGAAAAGCAAUUGUGGGUAGCAGAGCAAAGCAUUUAUGUAUUUCUCUUUUAUAUGUUUUUGUUCAGUUAAUUGACAUGUUUUUAAGUCCUGAUAUAUCACUGGUAUAUCUGAUAUAUGUUUGUUUUAGUUCUGUAAUUGCACUGUUAAUUUAUGUCUUAGAUCUGUUAUUUGAUAUAUGUUCAGCUAUGUUAUUUCACUGAUAUAGUAUGAUUUAUUUGCUUUACUUGAUAAUUAGUUAAUUAUAUAUACAUGUAUAUUUAUAUAUUAAUAUCAAUUUUAAAAUUUUGUUAUUUGAGGGAUAUACUAGUAGUUAAUGUAUGUUAUACAAUAGAAUAUUUAUGGCCUGAGGAAAUAUAUUUUGUUAUCCUAAAAUGGACUUAUUCUAUUUAUCAGGUUUUUUAGUCAUUUUUUGGGGAGCCUGAAUAUAUACGCCAAGUUUGAUAAAAGGGUUGUAUGGAUAUGAAGUAUUAAAGGUAUCCAACCUUUUUUUAAGUUCCUUUUUCUUCAUUGUUUUUGUCUUUAAGCCUGGUGAAACUUGGCUUUUAAUUUGAUAAAAACUGUCCAAAUGUCAAUAUUACUGUGUCAUAUCCAUAUAUAUUUGUCACUGAUUGAUUGUUGAUGCCCUAUCGUUUAAGAAGGCCUUUUUAAAUUGGAGAACCAAAGAUCAAGGCCACAGCAAUU